GUUGUGUUGUACAGUAUGCUGAGAAGAUGUACGGCAUCAAAUCCGGCCGUGACGCCCCAGCCGGCGAGUCCGGGGAGCGCGGCGGGGAAGAGGUAGAUGAGAAGGAGGAGGAGGAGAAUGAGGAUAUCGAAGCGGCGAUUCGGAAGGAAGUGGCCGCCCUGACGUCGAAGCCGUCAGAUGCCGCGGCGGGCAACGUGAUGAGGCCCGUCAAGAUGAACGUCGACUGCCUCCUGUUUGUCAAGACGCCGCCGGCCGUCGACCCCGUGGCGUUUGUGCGGCGCAUCUGUGAGGAUGCGAGGGCGUGCAAUGAGCUGCCCGGCUUGAUGAGGUGUCGGUACGUGAACCGGUUGACGCCGGUCACGGCCAUGGGGCGGGCGACGGAGCAGGGACUUGUGGAGGUUGCAAGGAAGGUGUUGGCGUCGACGUUUGAUCUGAGUGGGAAACGCGGGAAGUCAUCAGCGGCUACUGGUGACGAUGGGAAGGGCGCUGCCGGUGGAGCCGCCAACGCGGAGACGGGAGGCGAGAGAACGAGCAACGAUGAGCUCGCGGUCCCCGACGCCGAGGGGAAGAUACCGUUCACGUUUGCUAUCCGGCCAACCAUCCGCAACCACAGCAACCUAAAACGAGACGUCGUGAUCAAUACGAUUGCGGGCCUCAUCAACGACGAUCGUCAUAGAGUCAACCUGAGCUCGCCCGACAAGGUCAUCUUGGUUGACAUAUACCAGACUGUAUGUGGUAUGAGCGUGGUUGACGGCGACUGGGAGGCGCUUAAGCGGUUCAAUCUCACGGAACUUUACAGCCAAGCACGGAAUGCCCAGAGCGGCGAGGGUUCCAAGAGUGAUGAUUAAAGGGCAGACUCUGUGGGCAAGAUGGAGAAUAAAAAUUCCGAAUUAUACCCUCUUGAGACCGUCUCUGGCCUCUCGGUUGGAGCAGAGAUAAUUUUGACGAGCCCCAUAAUACACGUUAUAUCCGGGCACUUCACUGGUUCGCCUGUGACGGCCGAAAUCGCCGUUCAGGAACCCCCUGGUCAGAAAUGUUCCAGCGACGCGGGACGGACCCCGACGAGGAGGUUGUCGCCAUGGCCAUGCUCGGCUUCUUCUUCUCAACGUUCCUUCUUGUGUGCACAGUACGGUGGAGUGUACGGAAUAAGUGAUAAUAGCGACCGACUUGGAAAUUGUUCGGGUGCAGUUUCCGGGCUGGGGUUCGGGUUCGGGUUCGACGGUGAUAAAUUGGGGAGCAAGACCGCUCAGACAGGAUGUUCAACAAGGGAACAUAGUGUAGUGGUCUGGUCUGCACACGCCAUGCCCAUCUUCAAAGCGUG